CAGAUGAGGGGACUGAGGUGAAGAGAGGUUGAGUGACUUACAGGAGCCCCUGCCUUGGACACCGUGGGGGAUGAAGGCAAGGAGUCAGCCAUGGGAUGUGAGGGCUGAAAGGGACUGGAGACCGCUGCUCACAGGUGAAGACUCCAUCAGUACCUUGGGCCUCAUCCUUGGGGUGGGGCUGUCGCUACUGCUCGUGUCCAUCCUUGGCUACAGCCUGGCCAAGUGGUAUCAGCGUGGGUACUGCUGGGAUGGGCCUAAUUUUGUCUUCAACUUGUACCAAAUCCGGAACCUGAAGGAGCUGGAGGUGGGUCCACCCUUCACCAUUAGUGGCCACAUCAGCAGCCCAGAUGGUGGCUACAUGAGGUUCUCAGAUAGGCUGGUCUGAUGGGGGCAGCACCAGGCUUCUGGAGCCCCAGAGAGGUGAGUGGGAAUGUUGGAGAACUUCCCAAACAAGUGUGAUGUCCAAGAAGACCCCAAGAAGGUCCGGUAGCUAUGCCUAGCACCAAGGGCUGGUUGGAACCCAGGGAGGUUAUUUGGCC